AUGAAGAGGGUGCUGCUCCCUGUCCUGGCUCUCUGGGUGGGGUGCUGCCCUGGAGGGGCCUUGGCCAAGCAAGUCCUGGGCCCAAAAGGGCCUGGGGCCCAGCCAACCCCCACAGGGAUGCCCACCCUGCAGCCACCACCACCCAGCGCAUCUGGGCCCCCGGACGGUCAAGUGCGACCCAUGCUCAGGAACGGGAGCCCAGACAGGCCUGAUGACGGGCAGCUGGACAGGCCAUGGCUGCGGCCUGCCUCCAAGGAGGGGGCCCCCAGAGCCCCUACCUGGACCACAGCCCCUCGCUGGAAGGUUCUCUCCAGACCCGGGCUGACCCAGAGGAAGUCGACACAGCCAGCAGCCUGGGAGCACAAACAGGGCCACAACCAUGGGGCCGGCACCGUACAGGUCCACCCCCAGGCCACAGGUACAACAAGGCCUGGGGCAGCAAGGACCCCCCGAGCCCAAGAGGGUGCCAUGGCUGCCAAGAAGGGCCAGGGCCCAGGCACUCCAGAGUGGGUCAUGCCUUCCCUGCCAGCCUCCUGCCUCCUGGCCCAGGCGGCCAUUGCCUGCAGCAACGUCAAGAUGAAACAUGUCCCUGUCCUGUCGGACCCCGGCCUGACCACGCUUUACCUAGCAGAGAACGAAAUUGCCAAGAUCCCAGCCCACACGUUCCUGGGACUACCUAAUCUGGAGUGGCUCGACUUGAGCAAGAAUAAGCUGGAUGCCCUUGGCCUGCACCCCCACGCCUUCAAGAAUCUGACACGGCUGAAGCGGCUGAACCUGGAUGGGAACUCACUGUCCACAGUGCCAACCUUGCCCGCCUCGUUGCAGGAGCUCAAACUCAAUGACAACCAUCUUCAGGGCCUGGAGCACAGCAGCUUCCGGGGUCUCAGCCAGCUGCUGACACUGGAGGUAGAAGGGAACCGGCUACAUGACGGAAACAUCUCCCCCCUGGCCUUCCAGCCCUUGCGCAGCCUGCUGUACCUGAGGCUGGACCGGAACCAGCUUCGAACCAUCCCGCCCGGCCUGCCAGCCUCCCUGCAGGAGCUGCACUUGGGCACAAACAUCAUCGAGGAGGUGAGAGAGGGCACACUGAACCACAGCUGCAGCCUCAGUGUUCUGGUUCUCAGCAACAACCGGCUCCAGGAGGACCGACUGGCACCCCGUGCUUGGAUCGAUCUUCCGAAGCUGGAGGCCCUCGACCUGUCCUACAACCGGCUGGUGCACGUGCCCUCCUUCCUGCCCCGGGGCCUCCGCCACCUGAUGCUGCACCACAACCGCAUCGAGCGCAUCCCCGGCUACGUGUUUGCGCACAUGAAGCCCGGCCUGGAGUCCCUGCACCUGGCCCACAACAGCCUGCGCGAGGAUGGCAUCCACAGCGUGUCCUUCCUGGGCCUGCAGGCCUCCCUGGCCGAGCUGCUCCUGGACCACAACCAGCUGCAGGCCAUCCCAAAGGGUCUCCUGGGCCUCCGGGCACUGCAGGUGCUACGUCUGAGCCACAACAAGAUCAGACACGUACCCCUGAAUUCCAUCUGUGACACACGUGUGGCCCAGGACUCCAACCUCAUCUCCACGCACCUGGAGAACAACCUUAUUGACCGGCGCCGCAUCCCACCCACUGCCUUCUCCUGCAUCCGGGCCUACCAUAGCGUGGUCCUCGAGCCCCAGCAAAAGGAGGGGGAGUCUGCCUAG